CUGCUGAAGGAUCACAGACGUUCCCGGGAGUUUCUAGGGAGUCGGUCUCACAAGGGGGCCAAUAGAGCUCAGUUAUCUCCCUUCCAAUCCCGGCAACCUCCGCAACCUCUUGCACAGUCAGCCGUUGAUGUGGUCCCAGCGAGGCCUGCCGACUACGCCAAUGAAAAAGUUACUUUUAUAACUACUAAACCAGGUUCGCUUCUUAAUAAGCAGACACCACACAAACUGUUUGGUAGACCAGCUCAAAACUUUACUUAACAUCGGCCGAUGGAAGGGAGCGAGAAUUCCAGCUAAGUGACCAAUGUAGACACUUAACUGUCCUCAGCCACCUUCCCUUAACAACAGAAUUACAUUGCCUUAAAUAGGGUUUUUUUGUCCCCUUAGCACAUUCCACAGACAUUAGUCAUGGUCAGAGGUACAGGAAAAGGUUUCCACAGAAUGCAUCACAUCAAACCUUUUGUUUACAUGGUACAAGAUAUACUAAAAACAUUGGCCAUUUGCUUUAGGUCAUUUUAUCUCCAAAUAGACCACCCUAGCUCUUUUCGCUGCUUCCUCUGUCACUUGGUCCCUCAUAAACAUAGGUCAUUUGUUUACAAAGAUGUGACUGGCUAUUUCUCUCUUCCUUUAUUGCCUCCUCCCCAUAAACAUUGGUCAUUUGGUUUAUGGCAUCUUACUUCAAAGACAUCUCUCUUCCUCUCUGUCACUUCCUCACUUGGGAGACAAUGUUAUAGGAUUUAUUAUCUCACACACACCGCAACCUGAGGCAAGCCUAAUUUGACACUAAAUAUAAGCUGUAAUCUAGCCCAGAAGCCAAUUUAAUAUCUUCUUAUAUUUUUAACUAAAAUUCGGCUUCAUCACCUGCACCUGUUUUUUCUGUGUUUCAAUGUAUAUAAGAGCUAAAUCUAACUCUCUCUUGAAAACAUCCAGUGAAUUGGCUUCCACUGCCUCCUGUGGCAGAGAAUUGCACAGAUUCACAACUCUCUGGGUGAAGAGAGUUCUAGAACCAGGGCCCACAGUUUAAGUAUUCCAUACCUGGGCGGUACGGUGGCGCAGCGGUAGAGCAACUGCCUUACAGCACCAGAGACCAAGGGUUCAAUCCUGACUACGUGUGCUGUCUGUACGGAGUUUGUAUGUUCUCUCCGUGUCCUUUUCUCAGAGAUCUUCCAUUUCCUUCUACACUCCAAUGACGUACAAGUUGUUAGGUUAAUUGGUUUAGUACACAUUUAAAAUUGUCCCCGUGUGUGCAGGAUAGUGUUAAUGUGCGUGGAUCGCUGGUCGGUGCGGACUCGGUGGGCCGAAGGGCCAGUUUCUGCACCGUAUCUCUUAUCUAAAUUAAACUUGAUGGAAGCAUUUAAAACCACGAGAGACAUAGAUAGGCGAUUAAAACCUUUCCCCCUGGAUGUAAACAUCAUAUAGUAGAUGGCAUAGCUUUGUGGGCCAAACAGCCUGUCCCUGUACUGUACCUGUUCUGUGCUGUUUGAUGUUCAAUGACAUCAGUUUAAAGGAGACAGUAACUUGUCAUUACAGACCGGGCAGAAAAUGACUUCUUGUUUCAGACUCUGCCGACCUGUGGAGUUUUAUAUCUCUCGGCUUCACACUCUGCUAUGUUCCUCUCCUUUGUAACACGUCAGGAUCAAAGAUUACUGAGUUCAGGAACUUCAAUGUGGGAACCAAUGUCUCUUCCACAGGGGCAGCCGACUGAUGUGUGGGGAGUGUGUAAGGUGGCGCACCCUUAUCAACACACAGACUGGGCCAUGCGUGACCCCGUGCAUGGUCACCGGCGUUUACAAUGUGGUCUCUAAUGCCCCCUCUCCGCUUUGAGCAGUCCUGGGCUAGUGAUUGGCUGGUUUCAGAGAGAGAGAAGGCUUGCAAACCUUUCCUGCCCUGGCAUUUUGUUUCGGACAACACUGUCUUUCUGUCUCAUCCUCAGAACAGAAAUCCAGCCUCCCGUUUACCCGCAGUGUAAUCACACAUCAGCCCAUUCACUCUCUGCGGGAAACCCUCCUGAAAGAAACAAUGAGAUUGGCUAACUCUACAUUUAAUACCAAUGCUACCCUGCAUGACCCUGUAUAACUACCCUGAAUGAUUCAUAUCCUUUAUCCACAAAGCACAACAAAGUUCAUGUUACACAAAGUGGACACAACUGAAAGUAUGAAUGGAUGGGGAAAAAGUGAUCAGUAAUCUUUCUUAGUGACUGUGAACUGCAGAUGUUGGUUGAAACCGAAGAUAGACACAGAAAGCUGGAGUAACUCAGCGGGACAGGCAGCAUCUCUGGAGAGAAGACUCAGGGAAAAGUAAAAACGCGAAAAAAAGACGAUGAUGUAGUGAGAUAAAGAACAAUGAAUAAAAGAUAUGCAAAACAGUAUUGAUGUUAAAGUAAACAGGCCAUUGUUACUGUUUGUUGGGUGAAAACGAGAAGCUGGUGCAACUUGGUGGAGGGGAGAUAGAGAGAGAGGGAAUGCCGGGGUUUCCUGAAGUUAGCAAAACCAAUCUUCAUAUGACUGGGCUGUAAGCUGCACAAUAUGUUCAUUUGUUUCCGCAGAGAGACGAUGGCUUCGUCUUCACAAUCUGGAUACUUCAGUCAGCAGGAAAUCAAUAAACUGCAGACUACAUAUGACCAGGGUGGGUUGAGCGAGUUUGCGACACAGAUUGGGAAGAAAUUGAAUGAUAUAGAAAAUGCAAAGCUCAACAUCGCUGUGACAGGAGAAACAGGUGCAGGGAAAUCCACCUUCAUCAACGCCAUGAGGGGGCUGCGGGGCUGUGAUGAGGGUGCAGCUAAAAUCGGGAACAUUGAAACCACAAUGGAGCGAACUCCAUACAAACAUCCCACCUUCCCUAAUGUUUGCUUCUGGGACAUGCCGGGAGUUGGAUCGUUAGAGUUUCCAAUGAAUGAUUACGUGAGCAAAAUGGAAUUUACGACAUACGAUUUUUUCAUAAUAAUCUCACAGAAUCGAUUCACCGAAAAUGAUGCAAAUGUCGCCAAGGAGAUUCAAAACUUGGGGAAGAAGUUCUACUUUGUACGAAGUCAAAUUGACAAUGCUUUCAGUUCUUCAGAACGGCAGGGUGUAUAUUUUGACAGAAUGACGGAACUUGAUAAGAUGAAACAAAACAUAAGUUGCGGUUUGACCAAAGCGGGGAUUUCAAAACCCAUUAUUUUCCUGAUAUCAAGCCUUUCCUUAAAUGAGUUUCAUUUUCCUCAGUUAAGGGAAACGCUUUUAAAUAAUCUCGACAAAAUAAAGAAAGAUGUUCUAUUGAUGUCACUUCCAAACACAACAGUGAAGAUUGUGGAGCUGAAACGAGCCCAGUUGAAGGAACGUAUCUGGAUGUUGGCAACAGUCUCAGCAGCUGUGGGAGUGUUGCCUGUUCCUGGAUUGACUGUCGCCGUUAACCUCGGGAUACUAGUCGCUGCAAUAAUAGGUUUCCGCAAAAGUCUCGGCCUGGAUGAUGCCUCCCUUCAGAGACUGGCCAAUGUCACAAAGAAACCUGUGGAAUUUUUGAAAGCAGAAGUGAGAACCCCACUGAUGGAUGAAAUAAAUAAGGAGUUUGUGACUAAAAUGUUGUUGCGUCCCGGUUUUGCUGCUGUUUCAGCGGUGGAAAUGGUCCUUGAUCCGAUACCAAUCAUUGGCUCCAUCUUCGGGGCAGCGUCGUCAUUUGCAAUGAUUUCCAAGCUGCUGACUGACGUACUGGAUGACCUUGUGGAGAAUGCCCAGAGAGUGGUGACAGUUGCAUUUGCCACUGACCCUGGUCAUCCACAAUAAAGAAUCCGCUACUGAGUUGCUGCAAGUCAUCGCGGAUACGGGAAUGGAAAAUAAAUAUCAUCUUUCACAUCUUCAUUAAAUUCCAAAUUAUUUCACAGCUGAUGAAUCUAGUUACAAUUAUGGCAACAUUUUCCUAUUUCUAAACUCCAACCCCAUUGCAAUAAAAGCCAACAUGCCGUUAGCAUUCUUAACCUCUUGUUUCACCGACCCACUAGUCACUUGUACCUCAUGGAUACAAACAUCUACAUAUUUAUGUGCCUCCUUUAUCUACAGACUUUCUCCAUUUAGAUCACAUCCGGCUUUAGAUUUGAAGUGGCUUUGCUCACUCACUCAACCUAUCUACAUCAUUUUGUGGAGUCUAAAUAUCCCCAUCACCCCCUGCCACCCCAGGUAUCUCUCACGUCCUUGACCAACCGGGAUACCUUGUACACUGCUCUCUCCUGCAAACCAUUCACGAAAAUAGAAAGUUACAUUCAGCUCCUUCAGUUGCGUGGGUUUUCUCCGGAGCUCCGGGAUCCUCCACACUCCAAAUAUGUGGUCAUUUGGAGAUUAAUUGGCUUCGGUAAUGAUUGUAACAAUGUCCCCAGUGUGUGUAGGAUAGUGAUCGUGUACGGGGUGAUCGAUGGUCUGCGUGGAAUCAGUGAGUCGAAGCACCUGUUUCCACACGCUCUCUAAACUAAACUAAACUAAACUAAACUAAACUAUCAUCUCCUGGAGUAUUGUGUACAGUUUUGGUCUCCUAAUCUGAGGAAAGACAUUCUUGCCAUAGAGGAAGUACAGAGAAGGUUCACCAGACUGAUUCCAGGGAUGGCAGGACUUUCAUAUGAAGAAAGCCUUGGCUUGUACUCGCUAGAAUUUAGAAGAUUGAGGGGGGAUCUUAUACAAACUUACAAAAUUCUUAAGGGGUUGGACAGGCUACAUGCAGAAAAUUGUUCCCGAUGUUGGGGAAGCCCAGAACUAGGGGGUCACAGUUUAAGGAUGAGAGGGUAGUCUUUUAGGACCGAGAUGAGAAAAACAUUUUUCACACAGAGAGUGGUGAAUCUGUGGAAUUCUCUGCCACAGAAGGUAGUUGAGGCCAGUUCAUUGGCUAUAUUUAAGAGGGAGUUAGAUGUGUCCCUUGUGGCUAAAGGGAUCAGGAGGUAUGGAGAGAAGGCAGGUACAGGAUACUGAGUUGGAUGAUCAGCCAUGAUCAUAUUGAAUGGCGGUGCAGGCUCGUAGGGCCGAAUGGCCUACUCCUGCACCUAUUUUCUAUGUUUCUAUGUUUCUAUGUAUCCCUCAUGUCCUUGGCCAUUUGCAGAUGUCCAAUCCAAUAUUAGUCACCAAUAUUUAUGACCUGCACCAACCCCCCUCUCCUGCACAGAGAACUAUAACAUUUAGUCACCUGACAUAGACACAACAUGCUGGAGUAACUCAGCGGGACAGGCGGCACCUCUGGAGAGAUGGAAUGGCUGGCGUUUGGGGGUGAGAGACAUAUUUAGACUAGACACCUGACAUUUAACUCCUGAAGCAGCCACUCUACACUGAGCCGUAUCACCACGGACGAGCUCCACAGAGACAGAACAAACAAUGUAUAAUGUUCUCAAACCCUCCUUGAUUAAAACUUUAAACCUGUCACUGAUUCUGCGGAAUUCCUGGCCCGUGACUUAUGAAAGUGGCGAUAAUUCGGGAUGCUACUGAGAACCUGGAGGCCAAGUGAAAUACAGGAGUGGCCACUGAAGCUUCUGAUGGAGACCGCAGAGAAGGUGCUCGCUGUUGCCAAAGGCGCCCAUUAACCGCUCUGCAUCAAUAUACAUCCCGUCAGUUCACGUCGUGCUGGGCUUCAUACUUUGAAAAAAGCUAACGCCAAAUCGUGCGCUAAUACUACUCGAACUGAUUGCUGUUUGCUUGGAGCUGUGGGUUAUUCUGCCUAGGCCCACGUGAUCACCCGUUUGCUAAAUACUCCCCCUCCGAUUCCCACACUGACCUUUCUGUUCUGUUCUGUUUUCCUCAUCUCGGUCCUAAAAGAUUUCCCCGUUAUCCUUAAACUGUGACCCCUUGUUCUGGACUUCCCCAACAUCGGGAAUAAUCUUCCUGCAUCUAGCCUGUCCAACCCCUUAAGAAUUUUGUAAGUUUCUAUAAGAUCCCCCCCUCAAUCUUCUAAAUUCUAGCGAGCACAAACCGAGUCUAUCCAGUGUUUCUUCAUAUGAAAGUCCAGACAUCCCAGGAAUGAGUCUGGUGAACCUUCUCUCUACUCCCUCUAUGGCAAGAAUGUCUUUCCUCAGAUUAGGAGACCAAAACUGUACACAAUACUCCAGGUGUGGUCUCACCAAGACCCUGUACAACUGCAGUAGAACCUCCCUGCUCCUAUACUCAAAUCCUUUUGCUUUGAAUGCUAACAUUCCAUUUGCCUUCUUCACUGCCUGCUGCACCUGCAUGCCUACUUUUCAUGACUGGUGUACCAUGACACCCAGGUCUCGUUGCAUCUCCCCCUUUCCUAAUCGGCCACCAUUCAGAUAAUAAUCUACUUUCCUGUUUUUGCCACCAAAGUGGAUCACCUCACAUUAAUCCACAUUAUACUGCAUCUGCCAUGCAUUUGCCCACUCACCCAGCCUAUCCAAGUCACCUUGCAGCCUCCUAUCAUCCUCCUCUCAGCUAACACUGCCCCCCAGCAUCUGCAAGAAGACCAACUGUCUGUGUGGGAACUGGGACCAUGUCUAUCAUCUACAGCUCCAGACAAAGAGAUAUGGAGAAUGUUUAGAACUGAUGAGAAUGACCCGCCUGAAAUACAUCCCACUGGAAUGUGGGCGGCACAGUGGCGCAGCGGUAGAGCUGCUGUCUCACAGCGCCAGAGACACGGGUUCAAUCCUGACUACGGGGGCUGUCUGUUUGUGCAUGGGCUUCCACCGGGUGUGACGGUUUCCUCCCACACUCCAAAGACAUACAGGUGUGUGUGUUAAUUGGCUUCUGUCAGCACUGUAAAUUGACCCCAGUGUGUAGGAUAGUGCUAGUGUACGGGAUGAUCGAUGGGCCACAUGUAAUCAGUGGGCCGAAGGGCCUGUUUCCACACUGUAUCACUCUAUGACUCUUUGACAUGAUAUGUAACACUGUCGCUGUUGAUGGGUCAACACAUUUGAACUGUUUAGACAAGUAGAGUUGUAUCUAUUGUUAAUUAACAAGCUUGCUUCAGUACAAAUAUACACAAUAAAAGUUCUAUAUAAAGCCGAACUCUUAGUAUUUGUCCGUUAAUUAAAAUGACUGCAGCUGACCCGUGUUAGUGAAACUUGUGAGAUCCGGUUGUGUUUCAACAUGCUGAAUAUAGAGACAGAUAUUUCCCCUGGAGGAACGGGUUACAUAUCACUGCCAGGUCGUGCGGCACUGUGGUCAACCCUGUUCUAUAACCCGGGCAUUGAUGUUGAGAAUGGGGCAGCACAGUGGCGCAGCGGGUAGAGCUGCUGAUUCACGGUGCGGGUGAUACAAGUUCCAUCCUGACAUCGGUUCUUGUCCGUGUGGAAUUAGUACAGUCUCCCCGUGACCGUGUGGGUUCCCUCUGGGUGUCCUGGUCUCCUCCCACAUCCCAAAGACGUGCAGGUUUGUAGGUUGAUUGGUCUCUGUAAAUUACCCCUAGUACGUAGGGAGUGGGCGAGAAAGUGGGAUAACUUAGAACUAGUAUGAAGGUGAGAUCGAUGGUCGCCCUCCACUAGUUGGGCCGAAUGGCCUGUUUCCAUGCUGUAUCUCUAAAUAACUAUUCUGUGUCACGUCAAGGGGGUCAGUAUCUGCUGCCAUCGCCAUGAAGUGGAAGACCACACACAGGCCUUGUCUUUGGUUUGUACUGAAGCAGUAAUGUGGGAAAUGGGGUUCCCACAUGUUUGGGGAAUCUGGUCACGUGGACAUUUAUUGAGGAUUUGAUCAUUAAAGUGUUGUGUUUAUAAAACCCAAUCUGAUGUGGGGGAUGUUAGAUUUAGCUCUUGGGGCUAACGGAAUCAAGGGAUAUGGGGAGAAAGCAGGAAUAGAGUACUGAUUGUGGAUGAUCAGCCAUGAUCAUAUUGAAUGGCGGAGCUGGCUGGGGUGAUCUGCCUCCAGCCCCAAGCACCUUGCUAGAAUUAACGUACUGUUCAUGCAAGAAAACAAGCUGUGAGAAAUCAAGUACAGGGAAAGGAAGAUGCUCAUGUCAACAGCAUGGUGAGUCAUGUACAGAUUUAUGUCAGUGUGUUGACUGCAGAAUCUCUAUUACUGCAAAAGACGUGGAAACUGAUGAAGAAUAUUCAGAUGAAGAUCACAUGUAAUGUAAAGAAAUUAAUUGGGGAAAUAAAUGAUGAUAUAAAGUUUUAUUUUUAUGUCGAUCGUUUCACUGUUUAUUUGGUCAAAUUAUUUAAACAAUGAGUGAAUUACUUAUGAUAAUGGCGUGUUGGUGAAUUACAGUGCGACAGCCCAUACACACACAUUCACACACACACAUCCAUCCACACACACACUUCCAUGCAUGCACACACUUCCAUGCAUGCACACACACACACAUGCCCACAUUCAUCCACACAUCCACACACAAACACACCCACACACACAUCCACACACCCAUCCGCACGCAGACGUACAUGCACACAUCCACACACACACGCACAUACAUGCAUACAUCCAUCCAUCCAUACACACAUACAUACACAUUUACAUCCACACAUCUCUAGAUACACGUUUGACGGGUAUACACAGCCACACACACAAACUACAGAUACUCAAACACUUGUAGGGUUAUUUUAGGUUAAAGGUAAUAGCCCUCAUUUGCAGAGGCACUGUGGGGGGUCUCUAACAUAAAUAUAGGCUCAUUAUAGUUUAAAAUGAAUACUCAUCGAGUAAACAUCAGAGCAUUCGAUUCUUGGUGGGGAUGUGACAUUUACAUCAGAAAUAAGACUUUACUCUUACAGGUCUGUCCCCCAGCCUGACACUGCCCCAGUCCCACUAUGGCCGUUAACCCCACUCUCCCCAAUAUGGCAGUCAGUGGGGUUCAGUAAACGGGGGAAAGCAGAGGAUCUGUCCUGAACCUUUAAUUAGGCAGGUUCACGAGCCCUUAAAACAUGGGACCUCUGCGGCAAAAGAUGCAAAGCUGCACGAUGCCUUCAGCGACCCUGCAGGCGGGUCCCAGCCGCGGUUCACCUGGUCGAGAUCGGACAGUUCAGCCCGAUCCCGGAUAGACUUCGUCUUCACCAUGAAGGCCGUCAUGGUGAGACACACCGAACUCAUGCCGGUGUUCUUAUCUGACCACUGCCUCCUUCAGGCUUCCUGUCACCUACAGGAAGACCGGAAGGCAGGCAGAGGGAUGUGGAAGUUAAACGUGAAGCUGUUGACCCCAGAGAACGUUGAGGAGCUAAUGAGGGACUAUGCAUGUUGGAGAUGGGGUGGCUCUCGGGGUUGCUGUACUUGGCACAAGUGUGGCCUGUCCCUCCCUCCUACGCCACGGGGAUCACCCGGGCCGUCUUCCAGUUCAUCUGGGGGUCGAGGAUGGACCGGGUGCGACGGGUCACAAUGUACAAGUCGGCAGACAACGGGGGUAAAAGCGUGCCCA